AUGUGGCCCUUCAAAUCCCCCCAAAACGACGACAAAGGCGAUCUCCACGUCCUCUCCGAGGGAGAGCCUGCACUGCCUAGUACACUGCUGAAGUCAGAGCCCACGAUGGAAACAAAGGAGGAGGAUGCAUUGGUCAGAUUUACGGGAUGGCCAAACGAACGACUGUCGAUUCCAUUGGUUCUACGCGCUCCUACCUUAAUGUUGGCAUCCUUUGCUUGCGGCUUCAGUCUCGGAGCUUCUCAAGGCGCCACAAAGGGCGCAUAUCGAUAUAGAGCUGAAAACGCGCACCGGCUCCCGACAACCCAGACCGGAUGGUUUCUCUACCAGAAGUCCAAAAACUACCAUGCGAUGCUCGGCGGAAUCAAGGAAGGUGUUCGAUUCGGGUCCAUAUGUACAGGCUGGGCAACGAUGUUUAUGGUCACAGAAGAGAUGGUUGAUCUUUCCAGAGCUCGUCUUUUCGCACGAGGGGAUGACGAUCUAGCGACUGGGCAAAGAGACUUUGGAAGUACAGUCAUCGCUGGGAUGACUCUGGCCGGCGUCUACAGCUGGAAACGAGGGCUUGAUCAUUUUGCUGCUGCUCGAACUGCAAGGAGUGCGCUGAGACUAUCCCUGGCCUACGGUUUGGUGCAAGAUCUAGCAGCAUCAAUUAGAGGAAACCCACCGGCAUAUAUCUCGUGGCUGAGGAGAAAGUUUUCGGGGUGA